GUCUUGCUUCAGUAAACAGUAGCUUUUUCAACGUGAUUUAAGAUACCCUUUUUCUUCAUCAUUUCCUAAACCCACUUUUUCUUAUCCAGCUUGAAUAUAAUAAAGGACUUCACAGCUCACUAUACAGAACAGAAAACCCAUUUCAGCUGCCUAGCUCUUUUUCCUCUUGCCUAGUUUUCCUUAUGGAAAUGUCACUGAAUAUCACACUUUUGCUUGCUUCCUUCUUGUUGUUGUUCACUAGUACUGCUUUGGCAGCUACAGGUUUGGAAGGAUUGGUAGGAAAUGGCAACUUUGAAGAACAACCAAAAUCCACUGACAUCAAGAAAACAGUACUCAUAGGAAAAUAUGCACUGCCCAAAUGGGAAAUCAAUGGCUUGGUGGAAUACAUCUCUGGGGGGCCACAGCCUGGGGGCAUGUACUUUGCUGUGGCACAUGGUGUCCAUGCUGUAAGGCUUGGCAAUGAGGCCUCAAUCUCUCAGAGUAUCAAAGUUAAACCAGGCUCCCUGUAUGCUCUAACCUUUGGGGCAUCAAGAACAUGUGCACAAGAAGAGGUUUUGAGGAUCUCAGUGCCUCCUCAGAAAGGAGACCUUCCUUUGCAGACACUUUACAGCAGUAAUGGAGGUGAUACUUAUGCUUGGGGAUUCAUUGCCACUUCUAAUGUUGCUAACUUGACAUUCCACAACCCUGGGGUUCAAGAGGACCCUGCUUGUGGACCACUCUUGGAUGCAGUUGCUAUCAAGGAGCUCUUUCCUCCAAGGCCCACAAGAGAUAACUUGGUGAAGAAUCCAGGCUUUGAAGAGGGUCCCCAUCGUUUAAUAAACUCCACCAAUGGUGUUCUCCUCCCUCCAAAGCAAGAAGAUCUCACAUCCCCACUCCCUGGUUGGAUGAUUGAAUCCCUUAAAGCCGUGAAGUUCAUAGACUCAAAGCACUUCAACGUCCCUUUUGGACUUGCCGCAGUUGAGCUUGUUGCAGGUAGAGAAAGUGCCAUUGCCCAGGUUCUCAGAACAGUUCCCAACAAGUUCUACAAUCUUACAUUCACUGUUGGCGAUGCAAAGAAUGGCUGCCAUGGAUCAAUGAUGGUUGAAGCAUUUGCUGCCAAAGACACCUUAAAAGUACCCUUCAAAUCUGAAGGCAAGGGCAAGUUCAAGACAGCCAGCUUCAAGUUCAAAGCACUGUCACCCAGGACCAGAAUCACAUUCUACAGCUCUUUCUACCAUACUAGAAUUGAUGACUUCGGAUCUCUUUGUGGCCCUGUGCUUGAUCAAGUCCGGGUUUUGCCAGUAGCUUAGAUGUUAUUUCUGUUAUCUACUUCCCACUUGUUAUCUUGAUAGAGAUUUUGCAACGGUUACUAGAUCCUGCUUUUUUGGUAAAUUAGACCGUUGAUGAGGCCCAUCUUCUACUUAAACUUGUUAUCUAAACUGUUUGAAUUAUGUUUUAUGGUACUAGUAAUAUUCCAUUGUCACUUGGUGUCAGAUUAGAAAGCUAUGUGAUUUUCUAUUCAGAGAAAAAUGUAAUGGGAAGAUCUUGUGUAUGUGAUCCAUGUAGCAAUGCAGGCUUGGAAAAUGAAUAAUGUUGAGUGA